AUGGAGAAUCAUGGGGUGGCUGAGGUUGACCUUCUCGCGGAGCAGCUGUACGCGGACCCCGACCCAACGGUUCGCCGGCGUGCACAGGCGACACUGGGGGUGCUUGCCAAGGAAGAGACCGAUAGUCAUCUUUACUACGCCAUUCUCCGGCAAUCCAACAGUCAGUAUACACUUCUGCUCAUUGCACAGAGUAUUGUGUCGUGGUUUAGGUCCACACGGAAGUGGAUGAGUUCGGAGGAACAGCGAGAAUUGAUUGUGGUGCACUGUGGCGGUUGUCUGACACGUAUGUUUGAUACUGGGGCACCCAAACACGUGGUGUCAAGUCUGCUCACAGCCUACGCGAGAUUGACGAAACUUGCCUUUGAGAACGAGCCAUUUUUAGAGGCCGCGGUGGAUUUUCCUUUAGAAAUGUUGAUACGGGAGCAAAAGGGUUCUUCAGCAGCCGUGUUAAGUUUGAUGCUUCUCAAUGUCAUGGUGCAGGAGUUUUCAAGACAUGAUACCAGCAAAUCUCAGACGUAUCUUUCUUUUGUGGCGCACCGUCACUGCAGCGGCAACUUCAGGGAGGGGCCCCUUUUAAAAAUUUUCUUGGCAGCAUUAAAACAACUGGAAGGAAUAACAACCGACUCUGUGCACAUUUCAGAAGUUGUGAAGUUAUUGGAGAGUUGUUUUCUUUUUGAUUUUCGUGCCAUCAUGAUGGAUGAGACGGAGGGAUUGCCAUUUUCCCUGUUUCCAACGUCGUGGAGGAGUACAUUGUUGAACAAGCAGAACCUCGGCACAGUAUGGGGUCAACAUGCAAGGUUACCCUAUCCACACUGUGCGACCCUGCUUUCGGGCAUUGUUAAUAUAUGCAGCGUACAUCGCACGCUGUUUGAUUCUUCGGAGGAACGGGGGGAGUACCUGGAGUACACCCUUACAAUGUUAACGGAGGUUACCAUGAUACAAGAUGGUCGUCUUAAGAUUCCACAUUAUGUUGAAUUAUUUGCCGAAGCGUGUACGCGGGUGUUGACAUCAUUUGGAUAUCGUGAGCUGCGUCUCCUCAAAGCCUUUGAGCCAUGGGUGAAUGCUCUUAGUAUUUUGUCUGUGGAGGUGGUGUCUAUUCCAUUUGGUCAGGAAGGUAGCUUUUCAACAGCGAGCAGCAUCUUGUCCUUUUGGGCUACAUUGACCACAUCCAAGCGGCGUUCCUACCAUGAUGCAUCGCAGCGCGAUAUUGAAGAUGUGGUGACGCAAUUGUUGCAGAACUUUGUAAAGGCCCGUAUUUGCAAUUUGGAAAUGAACGCGGUGGAUCCUAACUUUUUGAUCAAUGACGAUAGUCAUGACCUGAACAACUCGGUGAUUGCACAGUCCGCUUCCUACGCCACUAUAUGUUUACUGGAUCCUCUGACAUGUAUAAGUGACCUUGUCACCCACCUCAACCAACAUUUUGUUGCGCCGAUUCUCUCGUCACCGCUUUCAACAGGGUGGCUUUUUUAUCUUGUUGGAAGUGUAGUGGGGCCAGUGGUGGCCGCUGUGGAGGAGGGAGGGGUAGCAAAAUGUUCCCACCUGCUUUCAUUUGUCGUAUGGUGCUCCACGAACCGACUGCGUGCUGGUGAUAGGGAUCCCGCAAUGUUUGGACCCUUUGUGGAGUGCGGUUCGCUGCAAUUUCUAACGCAUUUACAGACAGUUUUUUCAGGGGCUCGCCAGGCGCCUCUUGCGACGAUUGUUACAAAUGUCUUUGGGAGCCACUCACAAAUGUUUCAAUUCAUUUUGGAUAGUGCGGGUCACAACUUGUUGCGGGGGGCUGAAGAUGCGAGGGCGGUGGACAUUAUCCGUACAUCGGCUGCUGUCAUUACAGCUGCCUGUCGAGAUGCAACACCGGAGUUACUGCAGGAUUUAACGUUUGACCUUCCUCCAUUCUCUGAGCUUCCAUUGGCGCAGUCUGAGCGUACAUAUAAGUUACGCACGGAUCUGAUGAAGGCGUUAUGGUUUAUUCGUCGGUCCGAACCAACCACAUACGAGCAGAUGACUUCGUACCUCUCGGGUAUUGAAGCAAACAUGCAACAAACAUUAAAUAACGAAUUGACAAGUACAAGUUUUGUUGCGGGUUGGUUGCGUGACUUGCGUGGUGCAUGUCAGGCAAUGAAUGAUGAGGGAAACCUUUUUAGCGAUUUUUUGGAAUGGGUUUGUGGUCAUUCUCACGUCUUUGUGGAUGUUCUGAAUAAAUCAGGGGAGUCUCCAGUUAUAGUGAAUGCACUGAUGCGGUUUUUAUGUGAACUUGUAGCCACUGGAAGGUAUGGACGUUUUUAUUUACGUCCAAGCGGUAAUAGUGCUGUGGGUUUAGUGUUGUUUGUAAACCUCUGUGCUUUCAUUGAAAAGGCUGAGGAGGCUGUUUUUUCAGACUACCGUAUCGCCUCAAUUGCUGAAUCAUCUUCCGACUGCGAAAAGACCCUGAAACCUUGGAUGCUUUCUAUGAAUAUUAUGACUAAAUGUAUACGGGGCUCCUUUGUACCAUUUGGGGCUAUGAUGUACUAUAAUGACAGGAAAUAUGAAAAUAACGCCUUUCAUUUAGUACGGAAACUUACAAUGUUGGAGCCGAAUGUGUUCAGGGAGCGCGCCAAGUUCAGGGCUGCCGCUCUGGAUCUGCUCCGUUCCAUGACAGAGGAGCAAUUAUAUUUCCCUCUUACUCACCUGGAGAGCAACGAGCUGCUAAAACUGGUGGAAAUUGUCGUGUCCAUCUGUGAAGACGUGGAUACCCCGCCAGAUGUCCUGCUGCAUGGACUGAGUUUUCUCGGUUUCAUUGCAGGGUUGGUACGGGAUGUGAAGGAGAUUUUGUUUACCCCAACCAUGCAGCCCUCCAGGGGCGACGCCGCCGCGCCACCGCCGUUAUCUUUGUCCCACUCAUUCGUGCCAAUUCUCUCGUCCCCUUCUCCGGCAUCUCGCGCUGGUCAAGCUUCCCCGAUGUCGCGAUUCACUCGGGAGGCAAAUGGGAAACUCGCCCGUCUGCUUGCGCCUCAUCAGGAAUUGUGGCAGCACCUCAUUUCAGUUGCGAUGGGCAUCAUUGCAUACCGCGAUCACGCCGUGAGCGCAAGCAGUGGAGUGGUGUACCCUAUUUUUGAGGCACACCCUCCUUUCUGGUAUAACUUCGUGGAGCAGUUUGUAGCUUCGUACCCGAAAAGGAAGCAGUUGGGCAUCCGUGAGGCAUUGUCCAUCCUCACAAACGCCUCGGAGUCACAAGAAAAAUUUUUUUCAGAGGUUUUCACAUUUCGUCAGGCCCUUCGACGCCUGAACACGUGA